GCGGGCGAGCGGGGCCUGGGAGAGCGGCGGAGCGCGGGUGCGGCGGGCGGGCCCCGGCGCCGCGCGGGCAGCCCUAGCCGGAGGGGGCGGCGGCGGUGUGCGGCCGGCGGGGGCGGUGUGCGGCCUAGUGUCUCAGAUCGCACAGUGAAGUGGGCCAUCGCCACAAAUGGGAAAUAAAGUCUGCUCUGGGACCAAGAGGGAAUGGAUCUCCUGAAAUUAGUGUUCCAUGACUUGUAUAACCAACAUUUCAAGAAAAAUAUUCCCAAGACAGGAGUGCCUGGUGGAGAAUGUGAUGGGAACAGUAGCAUGUCUGUGGAGAGCGGCCCUGGGACGAGAUUGAGAAAUCCGCCAGUAAUGGGGGAUGGACUAGAAACUACCCAGAUGUCUACGCCUCAGGCCCAGGCCCAGCCCCCGCAAGCCAGCGCAGCCGGCAGUAACCCCCCACCCCCGGAGACCUCCAACCCCAACAGGCCCAGGAGGCAGACCAACCAGCUGCAGUAUCUGCUCAAAGUGGUGCUCAAGACACUAUGGAAACACCAGUUUGCGUGGCCUUUCCAGCAGCCUGUGGAUGCCGUCAAGCUAAACCUCCCUGAUUACUAUAAGAUCAUUAAAACACCUAUGGAUAUGGGAACAAUAAAGAAGCGCUUGGAGAACAACUAUUACUGGAAUGCUCAGGAAUGUAUCCAGGACUUCAACACUAUGUUUACAAAUUGUUACAUCUACAAUAAGCCUGGAGAUGACAUAGUCUUAAUGGCAGAAGCUCUGGAGAAGCUCUUCUUGCAAAAAAUCAAUGAACUGCCCACAGAAGAAACAGAGAUCAUGAUAGUCCAGGCAAAAGGAAGAGGACGUGGAAGGAAAGAAGCAGGGAUGGCAAAACCUGGCGUCUCCACGGUACCAAACACAACGCAAGCAUCGACUCCUCCGCAGACCCAGACCCCUCAGCAGAACCCUCCACCACCCGUGCAGGCCACGCCUCACCCCUUCCCCUCAGUCACCCCAGACCUCAUCGUCCAGACUCCUGUCAUGACAGUGGUGCCUCCCCAGGCACUACAGACACCCCCGCCGGUGCCCCCUCAGCCACCACCCCCACCUGCACCCGUCCCCCAGCCCGUGCAGAGCCACCCACCCAUCAUUGCAGCUGCCCCACAGCCUGUGAAGACAAAGAAGGGGGUUAAGAGGAAAGCGGACACAACCACCCCCACCACCAUCGACCCCAUUCACGAGCCACCCUCACUGCCCCCAGAGCCCAAGACCACCAAGCUGGGCCCCCGGCGGGAGAGUAGCCGGCCUGUGAAGCCCCCAAAGAAGGAUGUGCCUGACUCACAGCAGCACCCAGCUCCAGAUAAGAGCAGCAAGGUCUCAGAGCAGCUCAAGUGCUGCAGCGGCAUCCUCAAGGAGAUGUUUGCCAAGAAGCAUGCAGCCUAUGCCUGGCCAUUCUACAAGCCCGUGGACGUGGAGGCACUGGGCCUUCAUGACUACUGUGAUAUCAUCAAGCACCCCAUGGACAUGAGCACAAUCAAGUCUAAACUAGAGGCCCGUGAGUACCGUGAUGCUCAGGAAUUUGGGGCUGAUGUCCGAUUGAUGUUCUCCAACUGCUACAAGUACAACCCUCCUGACCAUGAGGUGGUGGCCAUGGCCCGCAAGCUCCAGGAUGUGUUCGAGAUGCGCUUUGCCAAGAUGCCAGAUGAGCCCGAGGAGCCUGUGGUGGCCGUUUCCUCCCCGGCGGUGCCACCCCCCACCAAGGUUGUGGCCCCACCCUCAUCUAGCGACAGCAGCAGUGAUAGCUCCUCAGAUAGUGACAGUUCCACUGACGACUCUGAGGAGGAGCGAGCCCAGCGGCUGGCCGAGCUCCAGGAGCAGCUCAAAGCUGUGCACGAGCAGCUUGCAGCCCUCUCGCAGCCCCAGCAGAACAAACCAAAGAAAAAGGAGAAAGAUAAGAAGGAAAAGAAGAAAGAAAAGCACAAAAAGAAAGAGGAAGUGGAGGAGAAUAAGAAAAGCAAAGCCAAGGAAGUUCCUCCCAAAAAGACCAAGAAAAAUACCAGCAGUAACAGCAACGUGAGCAAGAAGGAGCCGGCGCCCACAAAGAGCAAGCCCCCUCCUGCGUAUGAGUCAGAGGAGGAAGACAAGUGCAAGCCCAUGUCGUACGAGGAGAAGCGGCAGCUCAGCCUGGAUAUCAACAAGCUCCCUGGCGAGAAGCUAGGCCGCGUGGUGCACAUAAUCCAGUCUCGGGAGCCCUCACUCAAGAACUCCAACCCCGACGAAAUAGAGAUUGACUUCGAGACCCUGAAGCCAUCCACCCUACGGGAGCUGGAGCGCUAUGUCACCUCCUGUUUGCGGAAGAAAAGGAAACCUCAAGCCGAGAAAGUGGAUGUGGUCGCUGGCUCCUCCAAGAUGAAGGGCUUCUCCUCCUCUGAGUCAGAGAGCACCAGCGAAUCCAGCUCCUCUGACAGUGAAGACUCUGAAACAGAGAUGGCUCCAAAGUCAAAAAAGAAGGGGCACCCCGGGAGGGAGCAGAAGAAGCACCAUCAUCACCACCAUCAACAGAUGCAACAGGCCCCAGCCCCCGUGCCUCAGCAGCCUCCGCCGCCCCCACCUCCACAGCAGCAGCCCCCACCGCCACCUCCACCGCCCUCCAUGCCGCAGCAGGCUGCUCCCACGAUGAAGUCCUCGCCACCACCCUUCAUCGCUGCCCAGGUCCCCGUCCUGGAGCCCCAGCUCCCAGGCAGUGUCUUCGAUCCUAUCGGUCACUUCACCCAGCCCAUCCUGCACCUGCCGCAGCCCGAGCUGCCUCCCCACCUGCCCCAGCCACCCGAGCACAGCACUCCGCCUCAUCUCAACCAGCACUCGGUGGUUUCUCCUCCAGCUUUGCACAACGCACUGCCCCAGCAGCCGUCGCGGCCCAGCAACAGAGCUGCUGCCCUGCCCCCCAAGCCGGCCCGGCCCCCAGCUGUGUCACCUGCCCUAGCCCAGCCACCCCUCCUUCCGCAGCCCCCCAUGGCUCAGCCUCCCCAAGUGCUCUUGCAGGAGGACGAAGAGCCACCUGCCCCACCCCUCACCUCCAUGCAGAUGCAGCUCUACCUGCAGCAGCUGCAGAAGGUGCAGCCCCCCACGCCGCUACUCCCUUCCGUGAAGGUGCAGUCCCAACCCCCACCGCCCCUGCCACCUCCGCCCCACCCUUCUGUGCAGCAGCAGCUCCAACCACCGCCCCCACCCCCCCAGCCACAGCCGCCCCCGCAGCCGCAGCACCAGCCCUCACAACGGCCUGUGCACAUGCCACCCAUGCAGUUCCCUGCCCACAUCCAGCAGCCCCCACCUCCCCCAGGCCAGCAGCCCCCCCACCCACCCCCAGGCCAGCAGCCACCCCCACCACAGCCUACCAAACCCCAGCAAGUCAUCCAGCACCACCCUUCACCCCGGCACCACAAGUCGGACCCCUACUCAACUGGUCAUCUCCGAGAAGCCCCCUCCCCGCUUAUGAUACAUUCCCCCCAGAUGCCACAGUUCCAGAGCCUGACCCACCAGUCACCACCCCAGCAAAAUGUCCAGCCUAAGAAGCAGGUAAAGGGCAGGGCUGUGCCACAGCCCUCAGGGCCAGGCGCAGGCCCAGGCCAAGGGUACGUGCCCACCUCACCAGCCACCAUGCCUGUGCCGUCCCAGGAGCUGCGUGUGGCCUCUGUGGUCCAGCCCCAGCCCCUGGUGGUGGUGAAGGAGGAAAAGACCCACUCACCCAUCAUCCGCAGUGAGCCCUUCAGCCCCUCGCUGCGGCCGGAGCCCCCCAAGCACCCGGAGAGCAUCAAGGCCCCAGUCCACCUGCCCCAGCGCCCAUGGGCUGUUUGUGUUCCAGGGCCUGAGAUGAAGCCCGUGGAUGUUGGGAGGCCUGUGAUCCGGCCCCCUGAGCAGAAUGCACCCCCAUCUGGAGUCCCUGACAAGGACAAACAGAAGCAGGAGCCGAAGACGCCAGUUGCACCCAAAAAGGACCUAAAAAUCAAGAACAUGGGCUCCUGGGCUAGCCUAGUGCAGAAGCACCCCACCGCCCCAUCCUCCACAGCCAAGUCAUCUAGCGACAGCUUCGAGCAGUUCCGCCGGGCCGCCCGGGAGAAGGAGGAGCGGGAGAAGGCCCUGAAAGCACAGGCCGAGCACGCAGAGAAGGAGAAGGAGCGGCUGCGACAGGAGCGCAUGAGGAGCCGAGAGGACGAGGAUGCGCUGGAGCAGGCCCGGCGGGCUCACGAGGAGGCCCGGCGCCGCCAGGAGCAGCAGCGCCAGGAGCCACCGCCGCCACCAGCCCCACAGGCCCAGAGCUCCCAGCCCCAGUCAGUGCUGGACCAGCAGAGGGAGCUGGCCCGCAAGCGGGAGCAGGAGCGGAGGCGUCGGGAAGCAAUGGCAGCUACCAUUGACAUGAAUUUCCAGAGCGAUCUAUUGUCAAUAUUUGAAGAAAAUCUUUUCUGAGAGCACCUAGGUGACUUCUGACUUUGAUUUUCUGGCAAAACAUUGACUCUCCAUAGUGUUAGGGGCGGCAGUGGAGGCGGCAGCAGCGGCAGGUGGAGUCUCCGGGCCUGGCCCUCCUGCAUGCCUACGCCUGGGCAGGCCUGUCAGGCAGCUGAGGACCGCAGAGCCUGUCUGCCUUACAGCUGGCUGGACACCCGCCACCCGCCACCCCUCACAGGACGUCAGCUCAGAGCACGCCUCGCCAUGAGCAAGUGCUGGCCAGACCCAAGCCCCGCAUGCGGGGUAGAGGCCCCUCUCUCCGCCAAAUGUCUACACAGUAUACACAGGACAUCGUUGCUGCCACCACCAUGACUGGUUUCCUGUCCCGAGAACGGGACGUCCCUGACGUCCCGCCCGCUGGGAGUCCUCCCCCAGGCCCCAGCCACCGCUGCCUGCUCCCAGAGACCAGGGCAGGUGGGCCAAGUGAGCUGGAGGCGGGCGAGGGCACCUGCCCAACCCCUUGCUGGCACUGACUUUGCCUUGAACAGAUCCCACCCCUCCCCUCCCCCCACAAGCCUUUAAUUGAGAGCCGCUCUCUGUAAGUGUUCGCUUGUGCAAAAGGGAAUAGUGCCGUGGAGGUGUGUGUGUGUCCAUGGCAAUUUGGAGCGAGGUGACUGUCACACGUGCGUGUGUGGGCCGGCCUCGCCCAGUGAGUUAGGCCACCAACCAAAGUCAGUUCCUUCCCACCUGUGUUUCUGGGUGUUUUUGUUUUUGUUUUGUUUUUGUUUUUUCUUAUAUAUAUAUUUUUUGUUGGAUUCUAUUUUAUUUUUAAUUCUCUCUUCUCCAGACACAAUGGCACUGCUUAUCUCUGAAAUGGUGUGAUCGUCUCAUUGAGCGGCGGCUGCCACCGCGCUGUGGGUAGUGUGUGACCGUGGCUGUACUGUGUAGUGGACAUAGUUGGCAUAUCUUUGUUUGAAGUUUGUUGGUGACUCCACCAAACAGGUGUAAAAAAAAAAACCUCAAAAAACCCACAAAAAAAACCAAACACACAAAACACAAAAAAACUGCCUGUUAUUUUACUCAGUUUCAAACUUUAUUAGUCUUUUUUAAUUAUCAAACCAUGUUUUCUUUACUCUCCCUGCCCCAAUUCGUUGGCCUCUGUUUUUUAAUGUCAAAUCUGUUUGAGUUUUUCACCAGGAAAGGCCAGGGGAUGAGGUUGGGGGCUGGGGGCCACAGACUGAGUCAGAGGGUCCCUGCCCAGCCCGACCAGCCAGCUGCCCCUGCCCCACCCCACUUUUUAAAUUUUAUAAUUGGAACCCUUGGCGAGGUUACACGUGCCAUGAGAACCCACUCUACGCCACGACGCUGGUGCCUCAGUGUUGGCCAAACUCUGGAGUCACUGACUGGUUUGACUUUCAUACGGUGAAUAUGCAUUUGGUCUGUACUGGUCAUGGAAUAAACACAUCUCUCUUUUUUAAUGCUGGCGUCUCCCUGACGUUUCUUUGUGAACCACCUAUUGCCUAGGCUUGGCCCAGGGGCACCCCCCCAGGACCACAUCUGUAUGAGAACUACCACCGGGGGCCCUCUAGCCCAUCUCCUAUGACCCAUCCAUGCUGUCUUGGGGCAGGAGCUGCCAUCCCACUCGGAAGCCAUGACAGGGAGCCCAGGUCCCCCUUCUGUGGACCCUGGCCUCCUAGGUGGGUAACGUGUGCCAGCAGACCAGCUCACACAGUAUUCCUUCCCUUUGCCCCUUCACCCAUCCCAUCCCAUUCCCGAUUCACCAGAGGCCUCGAGCCACUUCCUCCUUACGACUCCUUUUAUUUAAGCUCAGGGUUAACCACAUAUUCUUAGAUAAGCAUACAUCCCCUAAGAGAGGAUCCUCACUUCCCAUGCACACAGAUGUGCACGCACACAUUCCUGCCAAGAGAGCCCGCCCAUGUGCCUGCCGGGAUACCAUUAAGAGCGGCCCCUAGGAUGUUAGAUGGAAGGGUAUCAUUUGUAUGUAUCCAGAAACACAAACUGACUGAAACAUUUCUAGCACUGUUUAUUAAUCCACAUCCCCCUUUCCCUUCCCAUCAGAAAGGCCCUGCAUUGUCUCGUGGUUGGGAUCUGCCAAACCUCCCUGCGAGGGUGCAGUUCAGGCAUCCAGCCCGAGCCCCCAGCUGCCUCCCUGGCCCCGCACAGGCACUUCCUCCUUACACCACUGUGCUGGUUCAAGUGUGACUUACAUUUUGAUUUUUUUGGGUCACUUCCAUCUCGUCCCACUCCAGUUUUGUUCUGUGUUUCAUUCAGAAACUUGCCCAGGCCAGGUCCGACGUUAGCUGGAGGAACAGUUUUGUCUGCACCUUCUCAAGACUUAACUCUGCCAUGGACCUCUCCAUACCUCCCUAAUGGGUGUUUUCUCUAACUGGGUUGUAAUUAGAACUUGGAUCUACUAUUUAAUUUCUCUGGCCAUUUCCUAAUCCUUCCCACAGUACAAGGAAUCCUAGUCCUAUACAAGAGUAAGAGGCGUAUACAAACGUGCACUGUACUGUAUGCACGGAUCGCUUGGCCAAUAAUUAUGUCAGUGAAUCUGAGACUUGUAUUUAACACUUCAGACAUUUGUAGAAGGGAAUUCGUAGACUUUUCACUUAUAUACUAAGGGAUUUUUUUUGUGCGGUUCUCAUUGCAAAAAUAAACAUUUGUACUGAAUAUAAAAAUA